AUGGCUUUCCUCGUCGACACCACAACAGCAGGCAUCUCCGUCGCCGUCCUCGUCCUCGCCGCUUCCUCCUACCUACUUCUCCGGCCGACAGCACUGGUCAAAUGGCUCCAGAAGAAGAAUUACCAGUACGAGGUCACAUUCGCGCUGUACAUGUUGACCCCGACGGAGAAGUUCAUCUUCAGUACGUCUCGCCCCUACGAGCCCCUAUCAUCCUCCCAACCCCAAUGCGACGAUCUUAACUCACCCUCUCGUAGACUCGGUCCUCUUCCUCACCGUCUCCCUCCUCCUCACCGCGACCAUCCUCUACCUCCCCGACCACCUCAUGACCAUGUCUCGACGAGCUUACUACUACUGCGCCGGCGACAAUAGCGCUGCGGCUGGCCUUUCGAGACAGGCCGUCACGACCGCGACGGGCUGGGCGCAGAAUGCAUACGCGGCCGUCGGGGGCAUGAAUAAGAGUGCGAGUGCUGUUGCCGUCGAGGCGGCUGCUGUCACGGCCGGACAAUUGGUUGCUGGGGAGUAAGGACCACAACCACAACAACAACAACAACAACAACAACAACAACAACAAACCCGUCCCGUAUUAUAGAAGUGUUUUGAUAUCGAAAUGGGAUCUUAGCGAGGCGUUUAGCAGGCGUUGUACCUUCUGGCAAUGGGACACGAAGAACUGUGUAA